AUGCCCGAUGUCUUGGUUUUGCGGGCUGGAGUAGUAUUUGAAGACAGGGAGUUUUGGAACAGUGUCCUCCUCAUCUCGCAAGCCAUUUCGGCACUUACGUGCUGUCCAGUCUUUGGAUACAUGCUUGAUACAUCAGGCACACGCCAAGGUCCAUACGUGUCUGGACUGGUGUUGCUGUUCGCAUCAAUGGUGAUAUUCACCGCUGCACACUCAAUAGCAUGGUACAUUGUCGCAAGAGUUCUCCAAGGCGCAGCAACAGCAAUGGUGUCAGUAGCCGGUCUUUCAAUCGUGACAGAUGCAGUGGACCGAGGAAGUCUCGGUCAAAUGUUUGGGUAUAUAGGCACCGCCAUGACACUGGGAUUCAUGUCUGGUCCGAUGCUGGGUGGAGUUGUUUACCAGGUUGGAGGAUUUUAUGCCCUAUUUGGAAUGGCCUUCGGCAUUCUUGCCCUUGACCUCUUUCUACGACUUGCCGUUGUUGAGAAGAGAAUUGCUGAGCGCUGGCUUUGUGUCAGUGAGGGUGAACAGCCAACUCAAGAGAAUGGAUACAUCCCCGAGCAACCGCUAUAUGGAGCAAUUGGUGAUGUGGGAAAUGGAGCCCAAGACGCACAUAUUGCUUUGGAAAUUUCGAAAGGUACCUUUGCGAUGGGUCAGCUUUUGAGACAGCCACGGAUUCUCAUCAGUCUAUGGGCUGUCGUAGUUGGAGCCCUAGUGGUUUCGGCUUUUGAUGCGACACUUCCAAUUUUUGUUCAAAACACGUUUGAUUGGGAUGUGCUGGGCGCAGGUAUGAUAUUUCUUCCUGGUGCUUCAGCUGCCAUUUUCCAACCAUUCUUCGGAUUCCUAUCUGACCGCCUUGGAUCGCGAAUCAUCACUUUUGUCAGUUUCGUCAUUCUGGCGCCAAGUUUGGUAUGUCUUCGUUUAGUGGAAGAAAAAUCACCAGCACAAGUAGCUCUCCUUUGCGUGAUACUAGUGAUUGUUGGAAUGUGCAUCGACCUCAGUGAGCCUGCCCUGCUCAUCGAGAUGCAGCGUGUGCUUGAUGACAUGGAAGCCCAAGAACCUGGGAUUUUCGGUGGAAAGGGUGCCGUAGCACAAGCCUUCAGUCUGGAAAAUAUGGCCCAUUUUGGUGGUCUUGCUCUAGGGCCGUUAGUGGGAGGAUUUGUGGAAUUUCGAUACGGUUGGAAAGUGAUGACUCUCGGGCUAGGGGUCUUGUCAAUAUUGACUGCAGUGCCUACACUAUGGCUCAGUGGUCGCAUGGAGGAGGUGUCAUGGUCGGAAUCUGCUGACGAAGAAAUGGAGCGAGAGCCGCUGCUGGGCGAACAAUGA